ACAGAGUGAGGGGCUGCAGGGAAGCUGCUGCUGCUGUUUCACCCCACAGCCCUCACACUUUGCCUUGGAGUCAGUCACUGUGCCUUGGAGACACAUUGCCACAUUAAUCACAGCUGUAUUCUGCUUUUUUUUCUUCUUCUUCUUGCUGAGCGCACUUGCCUCUGUGUCUGACUCCUCCCCGUUCCGAUUAAAUGCCCGCUCGGAGCGUCAACCUGGUGCAGUUGAAUGCAGUCAUGAUAGAGGAGCUGUAGGCUAGGACCGAUAUAAACCUGACAGCAAGCAAACAUCUCUGAGUCUUCUCUUUCUCCGCUACCUCUAUCACUCAAGGAUCCGCAGUAAUGAAGACCAUUCUUGCUGCAUACUCCGGUGUCCUAAAAGGCACUGGUUCCAGCAUCCUCUCUGCCCUGCAGGACCUGCCAUCGGCUGCUUGGCCCUGCAGAUCCAAGAUGGAAAAACAUCUCCAGGCCAUCUCUGUGCUGCAGUGGGUCAUCACCUUCCUAGCCAUGGGUGCUGCGUGCACUGUGCUACUGAUCUACAUGUUUUGCACUGACUGCUGGGUAAUCGCUGCCAUCUACACCGCCUGGCUCAUCUUCGACUGGAACACCCCGAAACGAGGUGGCAGGAGGUCCUCCUGGGUACGGAGCUGGACCGUAUGGACCUACUUCAGAGACUACUUCCCUAUCAGGCUAAUCAAGACCCACAACCUACUGCCCAACCGGAACUAUAUAUUUGGCUACCACCCCCACGGCAUCUUUUGUUUCGGGGCUUUCUGCAACUUUGGCACAGAGGCCACAGGCUUCUCCAAGAAAUUCCCAGGCAUCAAGCCCUCCCUGGCAACCCUGGCAGGAAACUUCCGCUUACCAGUCCUUCGGGACUAUCUGAUGUCUGGAGGUAUCUGUCCGGUAAACAAAAACUCUAUCGACUACCUGCUGUCAUGUAACGGGACAGGAAACGCUGUCGUCAUUGUGGUUGGGGGAGCAGCCGAGUCUCUGGAUUGUGCACCGGGCAUGAAUUCUGUCACCUUGAAGAACCGCAAAGGCUUUGUGAGGCUGGCCCUCCAGAAAGGGUCUGACCUGGUGCCAGUGUAUUCCUUUGGAGAGAAUGAUGCCUACAAGCAGGUGAUCUUUGAGGAAGGCAGCUGGUGGAGAUUGGUUCAGAAGAGGCUGCAGAAGAUCUUGGGCUUUGCCCCCUGUCUGUUUCACGGAUGCGGCUUCUUCUCUAGCGAGUCCUGGGGCAUUGUGCCUUAUUGCAAGCCUAUCACCACAAUAGUUGGGGAGCCAAUCACAGUGCCAAAAAUUGAGGAUCCUUCUCAGGAUAUGGUGGAUCUCUACCAUUCAAUGUACGUCAAGUCCCUCCAGUGCCUUUUUGACAAGUACAAGACCCACUUUGGUCUGAAGGAAAGCGACAUCCUGCACAUCCAGUGAAUGAGAGCGGGGCCUCUAAGCAAAGAACUGUGGCAGCAUCUUCAGACCCACCCCAUUCACUGUGUUGCCUGGCUCGGACCAUCUCUAGACUGCAAUCUUUACACAUGAGCACGUUUUCUAAAUAAGCCCUCGCUCUCUGCAUCAUCUCACACUCACCCAGCAUGAACAUGCAGCAGGUCCGCCUCAAGAAAUGCCAGGUUUGAAGAAAUGUUUGCCUGAAAGAAUUGAAAGAAUGACCCCUUUCUCUGCUGUCGUCACUUCCACUGACAAGUUAAUUGGUCCCGGUUACACUGGCAUUAAGGGUCCCACAUCAAAAAUAAUGCCUUUGAUGUUGCUGUUUACAUUUUCUCAAUAGAUCAAGGCAUGAAGUUUGGACUCUCUUAUCAGUGUAAUGGGGAAUCAGCUCCACUAGAUGGAGCUACAAGGUUAACGUGCAGAGCAUUCAUGAAUUGCCAAGGUUUUCUUUCCCGUACAUUCGUGUAAUUCUCCCCAAGCUCUCAAGGUCCUAUUUUAUGCAUAAUGCACAAACAAUGCAACUGGAAGGUACCACCUCAAUAUAGGGCUAUUAGUCCCAAAGUUUAAUUGAGCCAAAGACCUGAAGUUCUCCCCACACAUGCAUGUUGUAGUGAAAAAUGAGCAUGAAGGAAUUAUCUGGGAUGGAUUCAUAUUGUGAAUGUGCUGUGCACGGGUACCUGCAAUUGCAUGAUGCCACAAAGUAUUAUUAAUUAUAUUCUGUAGAGAGGAAAUGAGCAAUUCUAAUGCUUUUCCCCUCCAUGGAUACUGAUGCACUUUUUGUAUUGGUUAUUACCUUCUGAGUUUUUUUUUUUUUUGUCUAAAGAAAAUUAGCCUUUGAUACGAGAAUUCCCCAAGACAGUUCUGUGCUGCUUAGCUUCAUUUUUUGCUCCCUUGUCCUGUCAAUGACCAGGUCUAGAUGUGUAAGUUUCGCCUGUGCAGCCAAAACUGAUGUCUUGUAUGUUGAGGCCUUUGAAAAACCUUUGAGCCACAGUUCAGUGACAGAAAGUGCAUUUUGUGGGUAAAAUUCCUGAUGUUUGCUGAUUCCAGGGUAUAAUGGUUCUCUAUGUAACCAUGCAAAGGGUGAUAUGUAAAUUCAAUAGGAGUGGAUCACUGUGGGUAGUGCCUUAUUAUUUUGAUAUAUUUGGUUUAAAGCACAUACCCUGGGAAUCAUCCAGAUAUAUAAGCUUGGGUUAUGUUAAGAAGGUUAGCAUUGACUGAUAGAAAUGUCAUUUGAAAAGUAAUUUCCUCUGACUUCACCAUUGUGACUUGUAAAGAGCAAUGUACAUCCCUCUAAUCUGUGUGCAAUAAACUUGCAAGCAAUAAACAGUGAGGCCUUUCUAUACAAUGAAAGCCAUCAUUUGUCUGCCAAUAUUUAAAUUAAACUUUUGUAUGUUUUCAGGA